GGAGGGACGGUUUCGUUUUGGGUUCUUUGUAUUCAUCUUGGCUUCGUCUUCCUUUGUUGCUUCCCCCCUUCAUCGUCAUCAUUUUCUUCUUCUUCCCUUAUCUCUUUUUCCUGACCUAUUACAUCAGCUAUUAUCUUUCCAUCCGUUUCUCUGUUAUAAUACUUGUUUUUUCUUUUCGUUUUCUUUUUUAUCUUGGCUUUUGCAUUUCUUGCUCCCUUUUCUUUCCCUCUCAACUUUCUGUUGGUUUCUCGGCAAUACUUAUCGCCCUCCCCUGGCUGUGUUUUUUCUUUCUUUUUUUUCAUUUUUUUUGCCCCUUUAUCUGACGGUGGUUUUGCUUUAUAUAAGAAGGUCUCCCUCCCUCACUCUUGGACCUGCAACCCGAUACACACUGAAAUUAAAUAGUAUCUAUAUAGCGUGCACAUAUAUUCCGUCAAAGAAUAUCUAUAUAGCGUACACAUACUCCUCCGCACUUACGAGUUACGACAGAAGGAUGGACAAAAGAAAGCAAUCUGGUUCUUCUUCUUCAUUCACUUCUGAUCUUUUUGGGUCCAAGGAGUCCUCUGCUUCAUCCUCUUCAUGGAUAUUUGAGUCCAUCUUGGCGCCGUCUCCAAAGGGUUUGGGACGGCAGCCUCCGCGCCCGGAGUUUCUUGAAAAGAAGCAAGACCCUGCUAGUCAGCCCUGCAGUACCAAAGCUCGCCCUUCAGAAAGUAUUCCCCCAGUCAGCGGAGGCCAUAAUGUCGGCAUUUUAAACAAGGAGGCGAGCUCAUUUUAUCAGGAAGAAAAGAUGCAACCAUGUCAUCUCAGCUCGUCCAUAUACUAUGGGGGUCGAGAAGUGUAUUCUUACCCUCAGGAUACCCAGACCCAGAGCUCCAAUACUUUUGGUAAAGAUGGUGGAGAAGAUGACUCUGGCUCUGCAUCAAGAGGAAAUUGGUGGCAGGGAUCUCUGUACUACUAGCAAGCGCACCGCCAAGGGACUGUGGACUCGUAUAUAAUUAAGCAAGCUAGGGCGCAGGAAGCUGGAGGUUAUUAGGAUAGGUAGAAGAUCUUAGCUAAGGGCCAGUUACUCAGUUGCUCCCAUGGCAAUAGAAAUCAGAAUUAUCAACUGUAAUAGUAGUCAGUAUAGUGGCAGUGGUUAUAGAACUUUUUAUCUUUUAUCAUAAAUAGUCAGUGUAUGUGCUAAAGACUUAAGUGAUGCGAUGCUGGUUAGCAGGAUCACUUUACUUUCUAUGAGCUUACUUUUCAGGGCUGAUUACCAUUACAUCUUUCUAUAAAAAUGGCCGUGAUUCCCUUUGUGUGAGUUUAA